CACACAGGGUAGUAUUGCGGCGGUGGAGUCACGGGUAACUUUGCCAUACACCAACCAUGUAGUACCGCAUAAGUUAGGCUCCACGUAGGGUUGGGGCUGAGGGCAACUGAACGGCGCUGAUCCUUUCAACACAUAAAACACACAAGGAAUAACAUGCAUUCCCGAAAAUCUAUCAAGUGGUUAGUGACGCGGCGACUAUGUGGCGAAAACUGCCUUAGUGAAGAUGACGAAGGCGAUAAGGAUGUUAAUGAAGACGAUGAAGAGCGCAGGGCGAGGUGUUAACUAAUAGAGGGUUAUGUACAGCAGCAUGGUGGAAGUAAUGGCGCCGAUGCUACACUAUCUGCACCAGUGUCCUAAGCCCCAAAACUUAUCUACUGAUAGUGCAGCGGCAGCGGUUGAAGCUUCAGUCUCUGGCCUCCCUUAGACCCGUGCGCUGUGCCCCUCGAUAAGACGGUGAGGAAAGAGAACACGCCGGGCCCUUGUUUGCUGUGGGGCGGUAUAGCGAUUUGAAAAUAGUGAGAAAAUAAAGCGCUUGUGGUGAGGAGUGAGGUGCCGCAAUGGGCGUGAGGGCGGCUGUGGUGGUGGUGGUGGUGUUGGUGUUAGGGGUGGUGGUGACGCGGGUGGUGGCGGCCCCGCAGGAUGACAUCACACUCAGCACCGGCGGCUACACUGGAGUUGUUGUGGCCAUGAGCGACCAACUUGACCCAAACAAAUGCACGGAGUAUGUCGACAACACCAAGGCCAUGUUCGAGGCGGCCUCCCAGCUCAUGUUCACCGCCACGGGCAGCAAGGUGUUCUUCGGGGAGGUGGUGAUCGCGGUGCCUGAAACGUGGAUGUGUACCGGAAGCACUUUUAACUCCUCCUCCUUACGGAUCUACUCGUGGGACUCUGCGCACCUCAGGGUGGGUCCCGCGCAUCCCGUCUUCGGUGACAACCCGUGGACGCAACAACCCGGCGGCUGCGGGGAUCCUGGGGACUGGAUUUACAUGCCAGAAAAAUUCCUUCUCGGAAACACCAGCUACGGGAGUCAAGGGAGCGUUCUGGUGCACGAGUGGGCCAAGUACCGCUGGGGUGUGUUCGAGGAGUAUGGCCACAUCAGCGACCCCGUCUACCCGCCCGCCUACCUCAACCAGAGCAACGAGAUGGUGCCCACUUACUGCACUGACCAGCCGGUGGAGGGCGCCUUGUCGUGUAACGGAGGUACCGAAGCCGAAUGCCAGUUCAUCCCCGAGUUGACUGGGAACAGCACGGCCACCUCUUCCCUGCUCGCUGCACCCUUCCUUGACACGGUUGUUAACUUCUGUAAUAACAAGAGUCACAACACGGCGGCGCCCACCAAGCAAAACCUGCUGUGUGACCAGAGCAGCGCCUGGGACGUGAUAAACCGUCAUUCAGACAUGCAAGGGGCCCAGAGCAGCUUGACCAGCACCAGCUUCAGCCUGGUGUAUGAGGGAGCGGCGGGCCCGCGGCUGGUGCUCCUCCUGGACUACAGCUCUGUCAUGGGUGAGAUGUCGGGACGGUGGGAGCAAUUACGCGACAACGUGGUACAGUACAUCAUGACGGAGGCGGCGGCGGAUAGCUACAUGGCUGUGGUGGUGUUUAGCGACCAGCUGUCUAACUCAACUAUGUAUCCGCUGAGUGUAUAUGAUAACCGGGCGAAAAUAACUACAUACAUCCCCUCAUCUCCGCCCACAAACUCAAACGCUAACGAUAAGGAUCUGUAUGGAGCCCUCUCAAGGGGAUCUAUGUUGCUGGACGCCGAGGGAGGAACGAUGGUUCUGGUGACACAUAACAUGAAGGAGUACACCACCACUCAGAACCUGACGGUAGCUGCAGAAAACAACGCCGUGUGGCCCAUUCUCUACCCUUGUGACUCCUCAGUGUCCACGGCCGUCUAUGAGAAGCUUGCUGAUAUCUCUCCGGAUACUUCUGUGCUCACAGUGAUUGGCGGGACCUACGUAUUUGAUAAUCUCGAGUUUCAGUCGCUUCAGAAUUCUGCAGAUCUUCACCGCAGUCUAAUAACAGCUGUUGACAGUCCGGCGACCCGCGUGACGAGUGGCAGCUGCACCGGUAACGCCUGCACCAUCAACCUCGAAAUGGUAGACAGCACCGAGUACAUCUCCACGGCUUAUAUCAAGGCUUUCUACGGCUCACAAGACCAUUUCUUUGUUUCCUUCACAGUAGUUGUGACGUCCCCGAGUGGUGUGGAAAUACCUGGCGCGUUUAAUGAAACAUGUGCCUUGUUUCAAAUCAGCACGUUGCAGGCGGGUGUGUAUGUGGUUUCCAUCACCGGGUCCUUCACCUCCACUUCCAUAUUGGCCGAACUCUGGGCCACCCCCGCGACGCCUCUCGGUCUGCAGGUGUCUGUGUGGAGUUCCCAAGGGCUUCGUGCUCUCCAGUCCCUCCCGGGGAUCCCUCCGACGGUAUUUGCCAAGGUGAGCAGCAGCGCCUCAUUACCAGUGCUGUUCGCUGAGAUCACGGGACAGGUGACCGCCAAGGGCACGGUGACUACGGAGGGUAACAUCACUCUCAACGAUGCUGGCUUUGGAGGCGAUGUCACAGGCAAUGACGGGAUAUAUACAGGAUAUUUGGUGGGGUUCGAACCCAACAUGGAUGUCAGUAUCUCUCUGACCGUGACAGACAACAACGGAGCUGCGAGAGUCGUAAAUCCUUCUGUCAGGACUGCCCCGACCACCCCGGAGAAAAAUACUUGCUGUGGCAGUCAACUCGACGUGUCACUGCUACAGCUUGACGUUCUCGGAAACUUCACGCUGUCUCCCGCGGCUGUGUCGGGACGAGUAACUGGAGUGUCUUACGGAACACUUCCCCCGGGCCGGGUGAGGGACCUCCAAGCGUCAAGCACCGGGUGGGAUGUGACGCUCACUUUCACAGCCACCGGAGGCCAGCUUGAUCAAGGAACAGCUGAUGAAUAUGAGAGGAAGUUCCAAGCCGAGGGAGAGGAGGCACAUGUCGCUAAUUUCACGGGGCUUUGGUCCGUCGGCUCACGGGUGGAAUUGCAGGACAAACUUCCAGGCUGCAACAAAAUGUACACUAUGACCGUCGAGGCGAUCUCUGGAGAAGUCCGAGGGGGCACCUCUAACAGUGUAAGGGUAAUUGUAUCCUGUGACUACAAAGUCCCCAAUAAUCUCUCUGGAGGAGCCAUUGCUGGAAUCACGAUCGGGUGCAUCCUGGGGGUUCUUCUCAUAGUCCUCAUUAUCUACCUGUGUCUCAAUCGUGAUCAUCUGGAUGAGUUAUGGGUGUGGUACAUCCUAACCUGCGGCUGCAUCAGGGAAAAGGAGGAAGACUUGUACAGGCAGCCAACUCAGGCCAGGAGAACUGACGUCAUUCGCGGCAACACGAACUUAUCGAAGCCGGCGCGUAACCUGAGUGAUUUAUACGCCCUACCCAAACUGACAGGCAAAAGCAAGCAAAACAAGGCUGAAGACCAAGACGACGGAGGGUUCGGGGAGCGCGGCAGAAGGCAAGAAAACACGCAGAGGAGAGCACCAGAGGACGUGGAGAGCGUGGCAUCCUCACACAGCACGUUGCCCAUCAACCAGGUAGGCCUUCCCGUAGGCGGCGACAACCACGGCUAUGACGACGAGCCCUACACCAUCUACAAAAACGUUCCUGCUCCUGUCAGGUACCCUCGGGCAAACACACAGGUAUAGGGAAGCUCCAUCUAUGGACGUAUCGCUCCUCUUGGUGUGUCUUUAACCCUCCCCCUGCUCCACUGGCAUCAAAUUUACUGCCCUACAACAAAACGUUUUUUACCCAACACAACAAACGCUGCCUCGCACGUUUUUUUCUCCCGUCAUUCCCCCCCCCCCAAAAAAAAAAAAAAAAAAGUAAAUUCCACAACAGUUGGAAUGCGUGGCUAGUGCAAAUAUUUAUAAGUUUUCUUUUUUUAGAAGAGAACAAAAAAAAAACACUUCAAGAACUAGCAAUGUCUUACAUCGCGCGGGAGAAGACAAAAAUGACAAAAAAACAUUAUAACUACUACUACUACUACUGUUACUACUACUACUACUACUGCUACUACUACUACUACUACUACUACUACAACAGAUGCUGCUAGUCCGGAUACACUAUCACGCGUGACUGGUCGGUAGCACUCAGUGAAGAGGUGAGAAAAUAAUGUGGGAGCACUUGAAAAAAUAAUAGUUACAUGUGUGUGUGUGUGUGUGUGUGUGCGUGUGUGUGUGUGUGUGUGUGUGUGUGUGUGUGUGUGUGUGUGUGUGUGUGUGUGUGUGUGUGUGUAUAUUUACCUAGUUGUAGUUAUACAGGGCCUGGGCUUACGCUCGUGUGGUCCCGUUUCCAUACCUGUAUUUGUUGUUUUUCCUUAAUCUGUCCAGUUUUUCCUUCCAGUGUGUGUGUGUGUGUGUGUGUGUGUGUGUUUUACAGCAGAGGAGACAGUGCAAGGGCGUAAAAAAAAUGAAAACAAUAAUGAAAAAAAAAAGCCCGCUACUUACUGCUCCUAAACAGAGUAGUGCAUGUGUGUGUGUGUGUGUGUGUGUGUGUGUGUGUGUGUGUGUGUGUGUGUGUGUGUGUGUGUGUGUGUGUGUGUGUGUGUGUGUGUGUGUGUGUGUGUGUGUGUGUGUGUGUGUGUGUGUGUGUGUGUGUGUGUGUGUGUGUGUGUGUGUGUGUGUGUGUGUGUGUGUGUGUGUGUGUGUGUGUGUGUGUGUGUGUGUGUGUGUGUGUGUGUGUGUGUAUCUACCCUUGAUAUCAAAAGGUACUGUGUUCUUGACGGUGUUUGGGGUUUUCUACUUUUGUGAUAAAAUAAAGAAAGUAAUCGUGUCAUUGCGUGUGGUUGAUUGGCGGUGAUGCUACGGCAGUGUCUGAACAAGAAGGUCCACUUAACAUAUCGUGAGGUGUCGCAGUUUGGCAAUUACUUUCACUCUGUUUCUUUGUGUACAUUACUGACUAAAUAAAACAUGAUGAUUGUUGU